AUGCGUCAAUCCGCUGUGAAUAUCAUUUUCAUUGCUACUAUUAUUAUUAUUGUGUAUGUUAAAUUCAAUGAGAGCAAGCCGCUUAGAUUUAAUGGCGUGAACUUAGAUGAACUUGGCUACUAUAAUGAUCAAUCCGAUCUAUCAAAUGCUCCAUUACUGGUUAAAGGAACUCUGGAGAACAUACAGCGGUCUAAACGAAAUUGUUUUCUUUAUGCAUUGAAAUUACAAAAUCGAGCUCCAAAAUGGAUGUGUUGGUAA